AUGGCCUCUCAAAAUUCUGAAAACGACAACGAAGAAAGCCUAACUUCUGGUUUCGCCCCUGUAGUUCGUUUCGAAGAAGACGAAGAGGAAGAAGAGAGUGAAGAAGAAAAUGGACAUUUGACAGAAUCCGAGUCUGAACUUUCAAAUUCAUCGAGUUCGGAGACCCUACUUCGCGACGAGCAAUCCUCUUUCGACGAGGAAGAAGAUUACGACAUGCCAGAACUGGAAGACGAUCCAGUCCAAAGAAUCCCAGCCGGUGUUUACGCUCCUCGAACCGAGCCGCUUCCAGAAGAAGAGGAAGAAGGGGACGAGCGCGAAUGCUGGGUCUGUUUUAUGGGCGACGAUCCAGACAGUCCUGGAGCCGAGUGGGUCCACCCUUGUAAAUGCACUGGCUCCGUUGGUUUUGUGCACCAAGAUUGCGUCAAACGAUGGGUCGCGGAAAAACAGAAGAAUCGCCUUGAUCUUGAAGUGGAGUGUCCACAGUGUCAAGAAAAGUACCGCUUCGUUUUCCCAAAAAUGAGCCCUCUCUUCUACGGCGCCGCCCGACUGGACCAGUACAUCAACAACGGCGUUUUCGUCGUCACCUGCACCGGCGUCAUCGCGGCGAUGAAUCUGGCGACGAUGUUCUACUCCCGAAACGUGAUCAAAUGCAUCGUCGCCGAAGAGUUCGAAAUCGACAGCAUCUUCACCGACAACUGCUACACUCUCGAUCCGUAUCGACAAAUGCUCGUCGAAAUGAGCGGAAUGAACUUUGAAACCUUCGAUCGGGUGAUUGGAUCCGUCAGUCUUCGUUUCUUCCCGAUUUCGUUGUUUCUUCAUAUCCCAAAGAGUCUCAUCGUCCUUUCAAGUAGAACGACGAGCUUUCUUUGGAGACACAUGGUCAGGUCGCUGAAAGACACGCUCAUCAGUUGGGCCAUACCAGCGACGCUCGUGACGCUGAGGAAAAUUAACUGGGACGAGCCGUUGUUGAAUAAGAUCGCGGAGUACCAAAACACAACUCAAAGAUACGAUCCCCCUCGCGCCAAGUCCUCGCGCUACUUUAUCGGUGGUUUGAUGAUGCCUUUCUGCGCUAGAAUCGUCGGGGACAUCGUCUACCCCCAAGUUUCGCCUGGAAGAAGGUUUCUCUACGGAGCAGCAACGUAUCUUCUUGGAAAGGGAAUUUACAACUUCACAAGAAAAGCUGCCAUGGCGCCGCAAAAAGGGAAGGAAGGCACGAAAGGGCAGAAGCAAAUUGAUUUGGAAAACAAAGAAAGCUUCAAAUUCAACAAUUUAAUCGGCCUCUUCGGCUUGGCUGUCAGUGCACUAGCGACGUAUCUUCAUGAUUAUGGCUACUCACUGCCUCUUUUUGGUCUUUUCGUCCACAUCGCCAUUUACUGGAUGCUCUCCGCGAUGAUCAAAUCGGGAUUAGACAUCAAUGUUUCCACAGGAACAGCGGAGCAAGCGAAGGAUAUUCUGUACAUUACUGUACUUUGCGAAGUUAUUUCGCUCUUUUCCAUCUACGGCUGGUGGCUUUGGAUCAUCAUUCCAAUCGUAGCCGUCGUCAAAAUCUGGACGAAUUUCAUCGCUCCCUGGAUCUUCCAAGCUCCAUCUCCAGAAGAAGACGAACGGGCGGACAAGAAAAAGCUAAAAAUGGAAAAGAAAAUGAGAAGAAUACAGUCCCAAGGCGGCUAUGUUCAACAGCGCUGA